AAAACCUUUAUAAUGUCCUCAAGGGGUAAAUGUCUUUCUCUUUCCCGACAACAUUGUCUGAACACAAAAUGCUGGGUAUUAUUGUGCUAACGCUCUUGGCAGGUGCGCUAGGUGCUCCAACCACCCAACCCGGAGCUUCGACAACCCUGGACCUGCUUGCUAUUAUCACUACUUCUUUCAACGCAGUCGACGCGGACAGUAACGGACAACUUGAAGUGUCCGAAUUCUACAAAAUCUUUGAUAAAUACGACACUGACCAUGACCAUAAACUGACCCUCCAUGAGUACGUGCAUGGCACUCAUACUAACAAGGCCGUUGCGAGAGAGGUUUUCAAGUUCGUUGACCAUGACCACGACAAUGUCCUUACCCGGGGAGAGACAAACAGGGUCUUCAGGAUCUACGACACUGACCACGACGGUACCAUCACCAUCAGAGAAUAUAUCCACGAAUAUAAGACGGUUUACCAGCACGUAAUUAAAGACCUUCAACACCACAGCCACCAGGCACAUGUACAUACAACCAAAGCUGCUUCCACCUGAAUCAACCAGUGGAGAGUCUUUAGUUUGGACUUAAUGAUCCCCAGAUAAAGGCGAAUAAAGAAUAUACAAAUAUA